AUGGAAGAAACCGGAUCUGAAAACAUUCAAAUUUCUAAACUUAAUAAUUUCAUUGAUUUUAAUUUCAAUGAAUUUAUAAAAGAUUCAAAAAAUUUCUAUUCAAUUAAAUCAAAUUCUGAUAUUUUUUAUCUCGAAAAUUGUGAUGAUGAUAUAUUAAAUUUAUUUAAUCAUUUUUUCGAAAUAUUUAAUAAUCACUACGCUCCAGUUUAUGUGGUUAAUGUACUUAAACAAUAUUUUAAAGACAAUAAUUUAAAUCCUGUAGACAUUUUUCAUAAAUUAAUCAAUCUUCCAUGUAAUUCUUUUUUUACAAGUUUGAUUGGUUACUUUGGACAAUUCGGUAUCGGUACCGAUGUUAAUUAUCAAUUAGCCAUUUCUUCUUAUAUACAUGCUUCAAAAUCUUCUAUUCAAAACACUUCUUCUUGUGAUGUUUUACUUUGUAAUUUGGUUAGAAAUAAUCGUUUCAUUGGUCAAAUUUCUUUAGCUUAUUCAUAUUUUGGUG